AUGUAAAAAAGAGAUUCAAUGGAGAAAAUUUCAAACAACUACUAUUUACUUGGAGUGACCUUUUUAUAGGUGGCUCCGUAUGGGAGUUUUACUUAACAUUAAUAAAUCCUUACUCACCAGCAUAUACCCAAAUCAUACAAAUACUUUGGAUUCCCUUAUAUAUAUUUUAUGAUGGUUAUAUGGUCAAUAGUCAAAUGCAUAAAGAGUGAUCCUGGCUAUGUUCGCAUUUUUUAUGGAGUUUUAUUGGACGAUUACAAAUAAAAGAAAAGACAUUAUUGCUUAAUUUUUUUUUUGCCAUGUUUUAAACCUGAAAGAUUUCACAAUUGCAAAAUAUGUGUUUUAAAUUUGGACUAUCAUUGUCCAUUGAUUGGAAAUUGCGUGGGAUACAAAAAUCGCAAGUUUUUAUUUUGUUUCUUUCCUAGAUAAAUUUAACAGUCUUAUUAGGAUUUGGAAUUAUCUCCUUCUAAGUUUAUCCAAAAAUUAUGGAUCUUGUCUUUGUAGAUUGGAGACUUCUAAAAGUUUGAUUCAGUUUGA